AUGGCGUCCAAAAGUAAACGGGCAAGCAGCGUAGCGAAAUCUACUGGCGAGAUAUUCACUAGGAAAUGGCCGCGUCUAUUCUUCAUCGUCGCUGCCUUGCAGGCCAUCAUUUGCAUCGCAUUUGAGUCAUAUACUUUCUCUCAGUUCCAAACUGGUCUAAAGGAUAUGACCGACGCAGAUUGGGGUGCGAACAAGGAAGAUGGCCAAGCUCAAACCAAGACUAUUCCCACUUUCUUGGGCUUGUUGAUGCUUGCCUUCAUUUACGACAUCGUGCUGGUUUGGGAUGCGCUUCGCAUGAAGAAUACAAUUCAGAUUAUUGGUCUGUGUAUCGCGAAUCUGGCUUUCCUCGUCUACAGCGCCCUACAAAUAGACCAGAUCCACGUCGCCAUCACCAGACUGAUAAGCUACAACGCUUUCAACAACCUUGACAUUUGGUCCGAGGUUCAAGGCGAGCUGAUCGCUAUUCCGUGCAUCAUCUCGCUCGUUAGUGUUCUUCUCAGUUUUAUUGCCUGGAAGCUGUACCAAGAAUUCGCUUGGGAUAUCCUGAAGCAUAUAGGAGCUGACUACAGGAUGAAGAAGCGAUACUUGCACUACCAGGUCUACAUCGCACUCUUGAAAUUCGAUUUCUUCUUCUUUGUCGGCUUCACGAUUCAAUUCCUAGUCGUCGUUGGUGGCAAGACCACUACCGAAUUCAUAUUAACAGCUAUCGCCAUUCCCGUUACCAUUAUCAUCCUUCUCUGUGCCGCAUGGUUUACUCGACGCGAAUGGAAGCUCGGCAUGGUAGUCGUCAUGAUACUCUAUCUCGGUGGUCUCACAUACUUCAUCUAUAAGCUAGCACGAAUCUACGACCCGAAAGAAGCCCAGUUCUACAUGCCUGUCCGCAAGUCGCUGACGGCAUUUGCGGUCCUCACCAUCAUUCUCAUUAUCCUCACCAUUAUAAACGGUCUCGUCUGUAUGCUCAACUUCGGCGCCGGUCUGAAGCACCACCUAAACACCCCCCGACAAGAAAUCGACAAGGACCAAGCCAGCUACUCGAUGCACGAUGUCAAGCAGCCGCAACUACCAAGUAGAAUGACGAUCGACUAA